UUCGCUAACGCAUGCGCAUUAACUAUUAAUCUAAUUUUUGUCAGGUCAUAGGACAGAAGUCAGUAUACCAUACCCGGAACUAAUUUCAGCUAGAACGGAUAAUAUGGACGCUGACUGUGUAAAUGUUGGUACAGGCGCCAAGUUCCAUUUACCAACUAGGGAAGAUUUAAUGAAAUGUUUCGAUGAAUAUGAUAUGACACAUAAAAAGCGAGGUGUUGCAUACAUCUUCAACAACGAAAAUUUUAAAGACCCAAAACUUGAAACUCGUUACGGCUCAUCAAAAGACACAGCAGAUUUUAAAACAUCAUUAGUUAAUCUUGGAUUUCGUGAAGAUGACGUUAAAGUUUAUUCAGAUGCAACAGCGAAAGACAUGCUCAGGGCUUUAGAAGAUUUUAACGAAGAUAAUCCUGAUAUUAAAGAUAAUAUUGACUGCUUUAUUUGUGCGAUUCUGAGCCAUGGUAAGGAAAACGAUAUUAUAUAUGGAUUCGAAGGUGAAAUUGAGCUAGACAAAUUGCUUUAUUGCCUGAGACCCGAUCGCUGUCCAUCUCUAACAGGAGUACCUAAAUUAAUCUUUAUUCAAGCAUGUCGUGGAAGUAAGCCUGAUGCUGGAGUUGAAAAAGACGAUGCUUGUGAAUUCGGAUUUGAAGAAAAGCCACCCAAAAUUCCAAUUAUGGCAGAUAUGUUGGUUUUCCAUUCGUCAUCAAAUAAACAUCCAUCAAUAAGGGAUAAAAAUAAAGGUUCGUGGUUUAUGCAGACUUUAAGUAAAAUGUUGAAGGAAUUUGGCACUACAUAUGAAAUCAUGACACUUUUAACCGCUGUCUCUAAAUAUGUUGCUUCUCUAGAAUUCCAAAGUUCGGAUAAACAAAUGCCACAGAUUAUGUCGACGUUGCGCAAAAAACUGAAGUUUUAACCAAGGAACUGAAAUAUUUCCAGUGUGGGAUCCUUAAAGAGAACUUCUGAUGCAUCUUCAUAUUAUACGGAAAGAAUGUAUUUUCGAGACAUAAAUUCCAAAUUGCAAAGAUAGUAUAUUUUAGGAACUCAUAUAUCUACAAAGAAAUACACAGUUUUCACACAUAAUUCCUGCAGUAUAAAUUGAUAAAUAGAUAAAUAUAAUGUUUUCUAAUAAAAAAUUGCUAAUAUAAUUACAAACUUCAUUUGUUUUAAUAAACAUCCUCUAACAUUUUAAGAUACUUAACUAAAACUAUUUCCUACCAUAAAUUUUACUAAGAAUACCAGUGCCUUAUAGGUACAUUCUAAACUUCAAAAUAAUCCUACACUCUGAAAAUUGAACUGACAUUGUUUUAUAUACAACUAAAUAUGAACAAUAUUAAUAUGUAAGCUAUUUUAUUCAUGUAAUUUCAUAUAUCGCUGGAUUCGUAAGAGUUUGUUUCCCAAAGAGAAAUUGUUUAUCUUUUUUUCCCUCACUGCAUGAUGCGUAAUAUUUUUUCAA